AGUUUACUUCAAACGAGUUAAGUAAUGUCAGGACAGAGGGCACAAGGAUGAAGAUAGAGAAGCCACUUAAGGAAAGUGUUGUUAACCACUGCUCGAGACUAUAAAGGUGCUCUGACGUGUACAGCUGUUCCAGGUCUCCUCCUCGCGCAGAGCAGUCACAGCGGCGCGAGGCUCAUCGGCAGCGAACCUUCCGUCUGACUCCAUGAACUCUGGAUGAAUGUAUAAUUAUAAAAUAGGACUUUUUAACUUUAUUAUUGAUGCUUGCUGCGCUGUAAAGUGUUAGACUAUCUGGAGAGCAGCAGACGAAGCUUUGUUCUUUUGUUUUGUUUGUAUGUGUUAUUUUCUACAGUCGAUAACUGCGAGUUAAAGAGCGUCUGCAACCACACAGGUGUGUGUGAGAGAAGAAAUACGGCCAUGUACCGUUCAGCUUCAUGGCCUUCUUCUUCCUCUGAGACUCGGCUUCAUCACCAGCUCCCCAGAGGCCACACGUACCUAGAUACCCUGAGACAUGUCAGCUUUGGAACAGUAGUGAUGUGUAAGAGACGAGACGCUGGACAGAUUGUGGACGUAAAGACCAGCGAUCACCACCAGGAUCUUCAUCAGGAGGCCUCCAUGCUGAGACACCUCAUGUUACACAACCUUGACAAGUGCAACAUCAUCACGUUAUAUGAUGAGAUCUUCAUCAGCAACAGGAUGAGUUUGGUGGUUGAGAAGUUGGACAUCAGCCUGCACGACUACCUGCUGGAAACACAAGGCCUCGUGUUGUUGGAGGACAUCAGGACCGUCAUCCAACAGAUGGCCACAGCAUUAGCUGCCCUGAAAAGAGUUGGUGUAAUCCAUGGUGACGUGACGACAGAUAACAUCAUGAUGGUGGAUCGCGUGAGACAGCCCUUCAGAGUGAAACUGAUCGACUUCAGUCAGGCUAUGUUCAGCUCUCAAGCCAAACCAGGCAGGAUUCUCCAGACCCCCCAGUACAGAGCAGCAGAAAUAAUGUUGGGACUCCCUUUCUGUGAAGCCGUUGAUAUCUGGGCGCUGGGCUGUGUGAUGGGGAUCAUGAUGUUUGGCUUUGAGCUCUUCCCAACAACAACAGACUACGAUGCACUCCUCUUCAUCAUCGACCUCCUGGGUCCGCCGCCGCAGCACCUCAUGAAGGCUGCACAGAAAUCUAAAGUGUGUUUUAAGAAGACAGACUGUGGUCAGUGGAGGCUCAAGACACCUGAGGAGUAUUGGGGUCCCGAUCUUUCAUCACAUGACGACAGGAAGUACACGUUCCGCUCUCUGGACGAAGGGAAAAUGCUGUGUCUGGAGCAGGACAACGUGACAGAGGCUGAUGAGAGGAGGGAGUGCAUGGAGCUGUUGAAGGAGAUGGUCGCGUGGGAUGAGAAGGAGCGGAUCACUCCCGCUGAUGUCCUCAACCAUCCUUUCAUUACCAAGAGCUACAUCCACAGCACCUCCCGCCUCAGCUCCUGUCCUCAGCCUGCUGCAGCUCUGGACGCCACCAGCAUCCACAUGGACAACACGGAGCUCCCUCCCAACACCUCUGGUGAUAAUAAAGAACAUCUUGAUCUAUCAAUCUAG